CUUUACCCCGGAAGCAGUUCUUGCUCAGUAAACAGUGUACACAUGCUGCUAUUCAGCAGAGAGGAGCUACAGAGAGAAACAUGGAGCAGAAAAAGAGCAACAACACGAGCAAAAACACCUCUGGAGAGCUGCUGCGGUGCGGAAACGGAGAAGGAAUUCAUGACAAGCUCUUAUUGAAACCUAAGGGCACGGCCUCUCUGCAGACUGAAAAGGUCCCCCGAAGUAAUGUUCUUGACAGGCUUCAGAGUUUUCUUCCUCAAAUGGCUUUGGCCAAUGAGACAUUAAGACAGCAGAUGGAGGCUGCUCCUGUGGGUCAGUUUGACAUUGAGAGCGUGGAGGAUGCUGAGAAAGUCAUUCAGAUGGACGUCGCUUUGGUGGAGCUGGAGGACUCGGACAGCAGUGAGGAGCUGGAGACCUCUGAGGACAGCAGCUCAGAUGAUGAGACUGUGACUGAAGAAAAACUGAAACUACCUGCUGAUAGAAAGAAAAAAGCCAACAUACAAGUUCUUGGAGGAGGAGGAGAAUGAGGGAACACCCCUUUUGCAGAACUGAAAGGAGGACUCUGAAUUUUUGAUCCUUUAAACAGGAGGACACUUUGUGGGAAUGAGCCUGAACCACUCACAGGAAGCAUCCGACCAUUAUUCUACUCGGAGACCAGAAGGUAGAAUAAUGAGUUGAGCUCGUGUAAACAUGAACCUGAAAUGGACAGGUGGUUAUGAUUCGUAUUAACUUUCAUUCAUUGCUUGAAAGGAAGGAUUGGUGUGUUUGCUCAGCUUGAUGACCUAUUAUGUGAUAUUUUAUACAACAAUCAGCCAUAACAUUAACACAGCCUGUCUGAUCUUGAGAAGAUCCUUGUUGUCCUGUAAGUUGUGCCCCUGGUGCUGGUUUACUGGCUGUUCAUUUUUUGAAUGCUUUUGGUUGGUACAUAUCAGUCACUGCAUACCAGAAAUACCUCACAGGACCUGCCUGAUGUUUAGGAGAUGUUCAGACCGAAGUCAUCAUCUAGCCAUUAUGCCACUAUGAUCGAGAGAUUGUUUGUUCGAAUCCUGGUCAUGCAGCUUGCCUUAAGCUGCGGGAGCCCUGAGAGAGCACAAUAGGCUUUGCUCUCUUAGGGUGGGUACAGCAGAUGGCGCUCUUUCCCCACAUCACGCCACAAGGGUGAUGUUGAUCAGCACAAGGCUGCGUCUGUGAGCUGAUGUAUUGAAACCUAGUCGCUGCGCUUUCCUCCGAGUGCCCUGGGGCAACACCAAUGAUGGGGGAUAUAGGGAGGGACAGUUGCCCUGAUAAACUGGAUAAAACUAUAAUAAACUUAUGCUUAUGCUUAUGCCUAUUUGUCCAGCUUUUAAAUAAUCAACUUUCAGAUCUCUCUGUUCACUUGCUGCCUAAUAUAUCUACACUUCGGAAAAUGCUACUGAUUUUUUUUGAUAUAUAUAUUUUUAGGGGAAAUAUUAUGUUAUAUUUGUACUUUAUUUUGAGUGAUAUUGAGAUUAUCUCAUAGAAUUGUGUUAAGAGCCACCAUUAUACAGUUUAGAGUUUGUCUCUAACUUCAUCUGAUCUCAUGCCCAUGCCCAAGUGCAACUAUAACAUGUAAUGUAAAAAAACUCUUGUUCAGAUGUUUUCAGCUUAUUCAAAUAAAUGACAGACAUUA